GGGCCUUUGAUUUAAUAAGGCAGCCAAAGAAUAUUAGUGAAUAUGCCAAAAGAAAUGUCUGCUUUCACAUGUUUGUGGAUGGUGUAACGGAAGCUUUUUUGAAGAACUCCAGCGAGCUUGGCAGUGACAAGAAAGUUGGUCUGUGGAGAAUCAUUGUUGUUCGAAAUCUACCAUACUUGGAUCCAAGACGCAAUGGAAAGAUUCCAAAACUAUUAAUGCACCGACUUUUCCCAUAUGCCCGUUACUCACUCUGGGUUGAUGCAAAACUUGAGCUUCUUGUUGAUCCAUUCCAGAUUCUAGAAAGAUUUCUUUGGAGGAAAAAUGCUAGUUUUGCAAUAUCAAGACAUUAUAAGCGUUUUGAUGUAUUUGAAGAAGCAGAAGCUAAUAAGGCCGCUGGGAAGUAUGACAAUGCUUCCAUUGAUUUCCAAGUCGAAUUCUAUAAAACGGAAGGUUUGACGCCAUAUUCUGUGGCUAAAUUGCCGAUAACCAGUG